AUGUCGGGUUCCAGAUGCCUGGUCUCAGAGCUGCGGGAACUGUCUCUGGGGAAGCCUCACUCCACCCGCUGCCCAGGCAACAUGCCACAGGCCACAGGCACGCAGCCCCCUCUGCCCUGGCCCACUCCCAGGUGGUGGUUCCUCCUCUGGGGAGUCCUCCAGGCUUUCCCCACGCAGGGCUCCGUGGUGCUCCUGGCCCAGUGGCUGCCCCAGAACCUGACAUCCCCUGGGUACCCGGAGCCAUACGUCAAAGGCCAGGAGAGCUCCACGGACAUCAAGGCUCCAGAGGGCUAUGCUGUGAGGCUCCUGUUUCAGGACUUUGACCUGGAGCCGUCCCCGGACUGUGAGCAGGACUCCAUCACAAUCACAGCCAGUGGGAUGGAUCUCGGCAAGUUCUGCGGGCAGCAGGGCUCCCUGCUUGGCAGGCCCCCUGGUCAGAGGGAGUUUGUGUCCUCGGGGAAUAGUUUGCGGCUGACCUUCAGUGCACGGGCCUCUGAAGACAAGACCCCAGGCCUCCACAAGGGCUUCCUGGCCCUCUACCAAGCCGUGGCUGUGAAUUAUACUCAGCCCAUCAACCAGGCCACUGGGGGCCCCAAGGCCAUCCACAAACCUGGAGACAACCCCACUGAGAGCCAGAGCUGCUGCCAGGAGCCCUAUUACAAGGCCAAGCCCUCAGGAACACUCACCUGCACUGUCCAGGUGCCCUGGAAGCAGACCCAGGAAAGGGAGGAGGCUCCCCGCUGUGUGCCUGUCUGUGGACGGCCAGUGGUCCCCAUCUCGCAGACCCGGGAGUCCCUUGGCACCUCCAGAGCUGAGCUGGGCAGCUUCCCCUGGCAGGCCCUCACCAGCAUCUAUGGCAGGGGUGGCGGGGCCUUGCUGGGCGACCGCUGGGUUCUCACCGCAGCCCACACCAUCCACCCCAAGGACAGCAUCUUGCUUGGGAGGAACCGGAGCGCCCAGGUAUUCCUGGGCUACACAGACACAGACCAGAUGCUGGAGCUGGGCGGCCACCCCGUGCACCGCGUGGUCGUGCACCCGGACUACCAUCAGGACGACCCCCACGACUUCCACGGAGACAUCGCGCUCCUGGAGCUGGAGCACAGCGUCCCCCUGGGCCCCCACCUCCUCCCAGUCUGCCUGCCGGACCGCGAGGCCCUGUACCGGCCCGGCCGGUGGGGCUACGUCAGCGGCUUUGGCGUGGAGAUGGGCUGGCUGAGCACCAAGCUCAAGUACUCGCGGCUGCCCGUGGCCCCGAGGGCAGCCUGCGAGGCCUGGCUCCGGGAGAGGCAGAGGCCCGAGGCAUUCACCAACGGCAUGUUCUGCGCCGGGGACCAGACGCGGCCGCAGAGUGUCUGCCAGGGGGACAGCGGCGGUGCCUUCGUGGUGUGGGACGAUCGCGCCCGGCGCUGGGUGGCCACGGGCAUCGUGUCCUGGGGCGUCGGGUGUGGCGAAGGGUACGGCUUCUACACCAAAGUGCUCGACUACGUGGACUGGAUCCGGCGAGUGAUGGGUGAGAAGGACUGA